AUGGCAGUUGCAGCAAUGGCAGGGGGAGUCGAUUCGCUGAGCGACCGAGCCGCCAAGAUGAAAGAAGCUCUUCUCAAGAGCCAAACCAUCACCGAGAACGUCGUCUCCAUUCUCGGCUCCUUCGACAGCCGCCUCUCCGUCCUCGAGACCGCCAUGCGUCCCACUCAGAUUAGGACGCAUGCUAUACGAAAGGCUCAUGAGAACAUAGACAAGACUCUCAAGGCUGCUGAGAUUCUAUUGGCUGAAUUUGACGUCUCUCGACAGGCAGAGGCACAAAUAUUGAGGGGACCGCAUGAGGACCUUGAAAGUUAUCUGGAAGCUAUUGAACAGCUGAGGAAAAAUAUUCGUUUCUUCAGCAGUAACAAAAGCUUCAAGAGUGGGGAUGCAGUGCUCACUAAUGCAAAUAACUUACUAGCUAAGGCCAUAUCAAAGCUAGAGGAUGAAUUUAAGCAGCUACUAGCGUCUUACAGCAAACCCGUCGAGCCUGAUCGUCUUUUUGAGUGCCUUCCAGAAUCAAUGCGACCUUCUGCUGGAUCCCCUGCAAACCACGGCGACCCUAAUGGCUUAGGUCCUCAUUCCCAUAACCAUUCUGAGCAGCAGAACAGUAAUGCGGAGGCUGCAAGUUUUAAACCUCUUGUCCUGAUACCCCCAAGAACUGUUCCUUUGCUACAUGAUCUUGCCGUACAUAUGGUUCAAGCUGGACACCAGCAGCAAUUGUUGAAGACUUACAGGGAUACACGAUCCUCAGUUUUGGAAGAAAGCCUUAGGAAACUGGGAGUUGAGAGACUGAGUAAGGAAGAUGUUCAAAAGAUGCAAUGGGAGGUCUUGGAAGCAAAGAUUGGAAAUUGGAUUCACUUCAUGCGGAUAGCAGUCAAGGUCUUGUUUGCUGGUGAAAGGAGACUUUGCGAUCAAAUCUUCGAUGGCUUUGAUUCUCUUCGAGAUCAAUGUUUUGCCGAAAGCACAGGCAAUAAUGUGUCAAUGCUUCUCAGUUUUGGAGAAGCCAUAACCAAAAGCAAGAGAUCACCAGAGAAAUUGUUCGUGCUUCUAGACAUGUAUGAGAUUAUGCGAGAACUUCACUCGGAGAUUGAGUCAGUUUUCGGCGGUAAAGUUUGUGCUGAAAUUAGGGAAUCUACAUUUGGUUUGACAAAGAGGCUUGCCCAGACAGCUCAAGAAACUUUUGGCGAUUUUGAAGAAGCUGUUGAGAAGGAUGCAACUAAAACAGCUGUACUGGAUGGAACUGUUCAUCCCCUGACUAGCUAUGUUAUUAACUAUGUAAAAUUCCUUUUCGACUACCAAUCGACGUUAAAUCAACUCUUCCAAGAAUUUGAAACUGGGGGAGAGACAGUGUCACAGUUAGCUACAGUGACCAUGCGGAUAAUGCAGGCUCUUCAAACCAAUUUGGAUGGAAAGUCUAGGCAGUAUAAGGAUCAAGCUUUGACGCACCUGUUUCUGAUGAACAAUAUUCACUAUAUGGUCAGAUCUGUCCGCAGAUCCGAAGCCAAGGACUUGUUGGGAGACGAUUGGGUUCAACGACACAGAAGAGUUGUUCAGCAGCAUGCAAAUCAAUACAAAAGAACUGGUUGGGGAAAGAUUCUUCAAUGUCUCUCUGCUCAAGGCCUAACUUCAUCUGGAGGAAGUUCUUCAGCACCUGGUGAGAGUGGAAGUGGCAGUGGUGCUUCAAGAGGAUUGGUUAAAGAGAGGUUCAAGAUCUUCAAUACACAGUUUGAGGAACUCCACCAAAAACAAUCUCAGUGGACGGUACCAGACACCGAGCUGCGAGAAUCUCUGAGGCUUGCAGUCGCUGAAGUCUUGUUACCUGCCUACAGAUCUUUUGUAAAACGUUUUGGGCCACUAGUCGAGAGCGGGAAGAACCCACAGAAGUACAUCAAGUACUCAGCUGAGGACCUGGAGAGAAUGCUGGGUGAGUUUUUCGAGGGCAAGACGCUGAAUGAGCCGCGGCGGUAG